AUGUUUUUCCUCUGGGCGGUCCUCUGUGUUUUCGGCUUUACCAAUGCCUUGCCUCUGCAGGUCAAUCCCCGCGGCCUCGAUCUUCCCGUCUGCAUUGUGGGUGCUGGGCCCGCUGGACUGGCUGCUGCGAAACGUCUCGAGUCCAAAGGCAAAAAAGCCGUAAUAUUCGAAAAGCAGGCUGAGGUGGGCGGCAAGUGCCAGACGUACUAUGACAAAGGCGGUUUCCACCCUCUCGGAGCAUUGCUCUUCUCAAACGCAACGUACACCGAAACAGUCAAGAUUGUGGAUGAGGCGAAUGUCCCAAUCUAUCCAUUCUCCGCCAAUGGCGGAGGUGAGGGCUGGAACUACAACUGGACAACUGGUGCUACCAUGGAAAUAGCAGCCACGUCAGCUCAAUUCCAAGCCGCACUUGGGGCCGAGAUUGGAAGAUAUAUUCAGCUAUGGAAUCAAGUCUUUGCACCUAUCAGCGGAGUUGGCUACAAAAAAGGCGUCCCCCACAACCUCACCGUCUCAACCGCCGACUGGCUCUCCACCAAUGGUUUCCAGUACUUCCCGGCUCUCAUCAUCCCGGCCAUGACUCCCUACGGCUAUGGAGACUUCCGCCAAGUCCCUAUCCUCUACAUGCUGCAAUACUUCACUCCCGACAUCAUCCUCUUCUUUGCGGGUCAGCACACCGGCUACUUGGUUGACUUCCACACUGUCUUCAAAAACUUCGCCGCCUCGCUCUCAACCACUCAAAUCCACCUCAACACUACAAUUGAGUGGAUCGACCGCUCCGGCUCAACCCCUGUCCUCCGCUAUCACGAUCCCCACCCGGAGACCUAUCACAACCACACCGAGCCCUGCCAACAUCCCUCGCAUACGAAGAUCCAGGUCUGCUCCUCCCUGAUUAUGGCAUUUCCCCCGACUCUUAAAGCGCUCGAGGGAGCCCAUCUCGACAUCUCGACCGAAGAGCAGAGGGCGUUCGGCCCCGUGGGUGUGAACACGUACUACUCUGGCGCUGUCCGCACCCGCACUCCCUAUGGUCUUGCUUUCCGCAUCGACCAAACCACUCCCUUCACUCCGCCCGACGCGGAUGGCGAGCCGGUCACGCUUAUCAAGAUCUCCCCGUACUCGGAUGUUGCGACGACGUGGAGCUGGGGCGCUUAUCGCGUGCCUCAGACUAUCCAGCAAGCGAAGGAAUUGUUGAAAUGCACGCUCUCCAAAAUCAACAAGGAUCCACGGAAUGCUACCGAUGUUGCGGUUCCGGUCACGGAUGCGGACGUGGUGGGUUUCAGGAAGUGGGACUAUUUCCCCCACUACGACACCGAGCAGCUUGUGGUUGGGGCUUACGACAAGUUCAACGCGCUCCAGGGGAAGCAGAAGACGUACUACGCAUCCGGAUUGAACGGCUUCGAAACUAUCGAGUUCGCUGUCCGCGCGGGGUACGACGUGGCGGACUCUAUUUGCUGAGUACGGACGACGACCUAUUGCUAAUGAACAAACGAACGAACGAACGAACGAGAAACAAAUAGACGACGACGAUCUGCAUAAUCCUCAACGAACUAGAAACC